ACUACUGACACUUCAUUUGUUUACAUAUCAAAUAGUUGUGAUUAUUUAAGGUCGAUAUAUUAUUUGUCAUGGCUUCAUCAAAAGGCUCAAAACGAUUGAAAUGGGCUCUUGAUUUUUCUCACAAAAAUAAACUGGAAAAAAGCGUAGACAUAGCACCGCCACCAGGAUACAUGCAUGGAGUUGCCCAAGCUUACAGCACAGAUCAUUCCAGGGAUUCAAAUUCAAAUCAUUUGAUAAUGAAAAAGUCGUGGGACUUGGCAAUCGGGCCUCUUAAACAAGUGCCCAUGAAUCUUUUUAUCAUGUAUAUGGCUGGAAAUUCUAUAUCGAUAUUUCCUAUCAUGAUGGUUGGAAUGUUUCUUAUCAGGCCAGUCAAAGCAUUAUUCACGCUCCAACAAACUUUUAAAGUUAUCGAAGGAACAAAUGCAUUUGGUCAAAAGUUUGUAUUUGGCUUGGGUCAAGUUGUGAACAUAAUGCUAGCUCUCUAUAAAUGUCAAUCAAUGGGUCUCUUACCAACUCAUGCAUCCGAUUGGCUUGCGUUUGUAGAACCUCAAACCAGUCUCGAAUAUUCUGGUGGUGGUUUCUCAUACUUGUAAUGUUCUUGUUGGUUUACAUAAAUGAACUCGUGAUAAAAGAAAAUAAAUUAUUCUUUAAU